AUGCCGAAUCCGUCACCAGCUGUUCUAAUGCCUUAUCGUUCAAUUUUGAAAAAGCCAAAACAGGAAAUACAUCAGGAGGAUCAUCACGAUGAACACGGAAGUCCUCCGUCCUCCAUGCCAUCUUCUCCCACUCCAUCCUCUCCAACCCAUCCAGAAGUGCCACGUGGCAAAAAAGAGUGGUGGCUACCGUUCAAUGUUCCGUUUCACAACGGACUGUUCCGGAAAAAUGCAGAUAUCUAA